CUUAUCCAUGUAACCCAACGUUGCAUUUCCCCAGUUGUUCCCUGCUAAUUACUGUUCUCUUGGUUCAAGUUAUUGUCAUGGGCAGUCGGCCAGUUGAUCUCGGACUCCCUGUAUUCUCCGGCCAGUUGGCACUGACCAAAUCUGGUGUCACGUUAUCCGACACUCCGCAAACAAAUUUAUGGCUCGAACGAUCUCGUCUCGAUGGAAUGAUGUUAGGCGGAGUGUCCUACGGCAUAUUCGCUCUCCUUACAGUACAAGCCGCGGCUGCUCUGAUGCAACGUCCUCGAUAUGGUGGAAAAAUCGCAAAUAAUCGCAUCGUACUUCUUUUUUACAUUUUCAUCACGUUCGUGCUGGGGACGAUAAGCUAUGCUGCGGACGCGAGAUAUACAGAAAUGAUUUGGAUAGACCUUCGCGAUACACCUGGUGGUCCGGUCGAGCUAAUCGAGAACGCACUGAAGUAUCGCAUAAACAUUGUAGCACUUGCCGCUUAUUUUAUCAUGGGCUGGUGUAUGCAAGCUUUGCUUCUUCAUCGAUGUUUUAUAAUUUGGUGUCGGGAAAGAUCGGUGAUGGUCCCAAUGAUCACCUUCUUCAUUGCCAUGAUUGCAGUGUCUGUUCUCAUCCUGAUCCAGGCGAGCACCGGGACCAAAUUUUUCAAGAUGAACACCAUGCUUCUCUACUUCUGCAUGGAAGUAGGGUUCACUCUAAUUUAUACGAUUCUUGUGACGAAUCGUUUACUCACCAUGCGAAGCCGGAUGAAGCAGGCCGUGGCCCAAUAUAAUUCUAGCACCUAUGAUACCGUCGUGCUCAUGCUCAUCGAGUCCGCCAUGCUAUACUCUGUUUUCUGCGUGAUUCUUAUAGUUUCCAUUGCGUCGAAUUCUGACGGCGUCUCCAAUCUAUUCAACUUUUCCAUUACCAGUGUUCAGGGCAUUUCUCAACUGCUCAUCAUCAUCCGUGUAGCACGGGGACGGGCAAUCACACGCGAGUGGUCGACCCGCGUUACUGCAACAUCUGCAGCGCCUACGUCUAUAGUAUUUUUAUCAGAUAUAACAGAUGGAGUCAACAUGGAGCGAAUGGACACUCCAGAGCAGGAUGGCGUACCAUUGUACUCUGUUCAAUCGGCGAAGGCAGCCAAAGCUGAAGCGUGUAUAGCAUGACCUUGACCUGGUGUAAAGCUAGUUUAUUUAUGUAUUGUACUUCAACUUCAUUUAUAUUUGCUACUAGAGCUUAUAACCUAUCGAAAGUCUUUGCUAUUACGAUAGGGAUCACCCGUCAUUAUGCACAAUUUCAUGGACAAUUGACUCCUC